UUUUAUAGUUGCGGAUUGGAGCAGCUUCGAUUUACAAACAUGCUGUCGCCGUAUGCAGAAAAGUGACAUUACAUGUUAUUUUUUUCAGAUGAAUUAUAAGUCUGACAUAAAUCUAAUUAUUUUGGAAUAUCAUGGAAGAUCCCAUAGAUGCCUUGCUUCAAGAGAAAAAUACAAUAAUCCGGAGACAGAAUGAACCAAACCACCGCCUGACCUUACUUAUUACUGCAUCAGUGGCCACAGUAUAUGGAUUCUGGGCAAUGUUUGUAUUUCCUGGACUCAGAACCAUUCCAUUGAAGUUAAAGGUGCCCUAUGUGCCAUCAAGUAAAGUGCAGACACAAAACGUGAUGAAACUUCUGAAAGGACGCAAGGGAAGCCUGGCAGAUCUUGGGUCAGGGGAUGGAAGACUGGUGUUUGCUGCAGCAUCUCUUGGAUUUCAAAGUACUGGUUUUGAGGUAAACCCUGCACUUCUGACUUAUGCACGAUUCCGAGCCCGGUGGAACAGAAUACCAAGCCAUAGAGUAAAUUUUGUCAGCUCUAAUUUUUGGAAGGUAGACCUUUCACAGUAUGAUCAUGUGACAGUGUUUUUAGCACCACCUGUGAUGGAACCUUUGGAGGUCAAGUUAAUGACUGAACUCUCAGAUCAUGCCAGAGUGAUUGUGUGUCGUUUUCCUUUUCCUCACUGGCCCCCUACGUGCACUGAAGGCAAAGGUCUGGAACAGGUUUGGGCUUAUGAUGUGCAUACAUUUAGAAAAAAACAAAUGAGUCAAGAAAUAAAGCAGUAGAUCUUUUAGGAGACUAUUGUAGUUGAAGAAAUGCUCACUCGAAGGUUAUUACUAAUCUCUGUUCCUUCAAGAACUUAAAGAUGUCAUCAAGAGCAACUCCAAGUAUUGGGGGUAUUUGUUAAUAUGCGGCUCUGUAUAUACUGUAGUUUUAAAGGACUAUUGAAACUGCAAACAUACAAACCAUUUUGUUUGAUGAUUUUUCAAGUAAAAUUAAUAAGAGUUAUUUUUGUGUCAUAAACAUGCCACCAGUAUUUGUAAUUGAAUAGGUUUUCAUGACUGAUUGUUCAGAAGUAAAACUGUAAAUAUGACUGAGUUUACUGUAUUUACAUUAAACUUUGAUGAUGUACAUGUCCUUGUAAAAUGUCCAACAACUUUCUGAACUUGUUUUUUCUAUUACAGGCUUUAAAUGUGCUUAGAAUAGCAAGUUAUCUCUGCAUGCUUUUACUGUGGUGCUCCAUCCUAAAGGUAGUAUUAGCCAGCAAUGUCUGGAUGGUCCAUCUUGCCUGGUCAGUGAGUGUGAGUGUCAUUGCCUUUGACUACCAAAUUUCACAAUAAGUUAGUAGUAAUAAGUCACUAGUAUUAGUAGUAGUAGUAGCAGCAUUGUCACAUGUACAGGUGCAAUGACAUUUAUACUUGCCUGUCAACACACAUAUCACCACUCUCUAGAACCACAGUCAACAAGAAUUAUGAAGGUAUUACUGCCUGCCUUGCACUGCCCUGGGAGAUCAUUGUUAGCUUCUUCCCACUGUGGCAAAAGCUGUUUUAUACAGUCAAGUUUAUAUUUUACAUAGUAAAUUACUGAUGUUUAAAAGAAACAGAAUGAGUUGCAAAAUAGUUUAGUGUAAAAAAGCAGUAGUCUGGACGCAGGUGAGUUCAAAGCACUGAAGGACAAAAAGAUUAUCAAGCAAAUCUAAACGAAUGGUCAGGAGCUGUUUAGAGUCGCCCAGAUUAGGUCUGGAUGCACAGUUAGUUCAGUUGAGUGAAUUUUUGUCAACUUGUCCUAAAAGUGAGUCAGCACAUUCUCAUAAAGCUGUUAGUAGCAUUACAACUGUUUUCCCUUGCAUCACACUUCAAUGAGAGUAUGAAAUAACUGGAGAUAAAUACAUAUGCAUCCUGUUAUAUGUUAAGCAAUAAAAGAUGAAACUGUAUUUAAAAUAAAAGUCUAUAAUUGACAUAA